AGGCUUCAGUCCAGCAUCUUUCUCGGGUCACGGCCUCCUCCUGGCUCCCAAGACAACUCCAUAGGCAGAGGCAGGCCUUUCUACCCCCUACUCCUGUGCCUCCAACGCCGACUAGACCCUAGCACUCCAUGGAUGAGUCUCUGAGGUCACUUCACCGUGGUCUCUGCCUCAUCCCUGGCGCUGGACCACUGAGGGGAGAGGGCUGGGGUGCUCUGCUGAGCCACUCUUGUGCCUCCCUGGCCUUGUGCACCUCUCGCCCCCGGGGGGAUUAGUGUCCAGGUUACCCCAGCAUCCUACCACCUCCUGGUGGCCUUGCCGCCCCCACAACCCCGAAGUAUAAAGCCAGGUACACGAGGCAGGGGACGCACCAAGGAUGGAGAUGCUCCAGGUAAGACUGCAGGGCCCCUGGGCACCUUCCACCUCCUUCCAGGCCAUCACUGGCAUGAGAAGGGGCAGACGCGUGUGAGCCGUGGAAGGAGGCCACUUUCUGGAGGGGCGUGACCCCCAGUAAGCUUCAGGUGGGGCAAUCCCUGAGGGUGGGUUUCUGAAAUGUUGGGGUAUCUCAGGUCCUCUGGGCUGUGGGGUGGGCUCUGAAAGGCAGGUGUCUGGGCGGUGGGUCCUGACUAGGAGAUGCCGGGAAGGGCCUCUGGGUCACUGCACGUGGUGUACCCCGGGGAAUGGGAGGGCCAGGGCACGGGGCUGUGGUCUCAGACUGGGCUGAAGCAGUGUCCUUGUCCCAGGGGCUGCUGCUGGGGCUGCUGCUGAGCAUGGGCGGGGCACAGGCAUCCAGGGAGCCGCUGCGGCCACUGUGCCGCCCCAUCAAUGCCACCUUGGCUGCCGAGAAGGAGGCCUGUCCCGUGUGCAUCACCGUCAACACCACCAUCUGUGCCGGCUACUGCCCCACCAUGAUGCGGGUGCUGCAGGCGGCCCUGCCGCCCCUGCCCCAGGUGGUGUGCACCUACCGCGAGGUGCGCUUCGACUCCAUCCAGCUCCCUGGCUGCCUGCCUGGCGUGGACCCCAUGGUCUCCUUCCCUGUGGCUCUCAGCUGUCGCUGUGGACCCUGCCACCGCAGCACCUCUGACUGUGGGGGUCCCAAGGACCACCCUUUGACUUGUGACCACCCCCAACUCCCAGGCCUCCUCUUCCUCUAAAGACCCUCCCCCUAGCCCUCCAAGUCCAUCCUGACUCCUGGAGCCAGCAGACACCCCGUUCCUCCCGCAAUAAAGGCUUCUCAGUGCGCA